AUGACAGCCAGCCCACCUGAGUUCGACGACAUGACCAGUAGCUGGAACACUUACCGUGUCCGUUUGGAAGCCUUUUUUGAGGGCCACAGCAUCACAGAUCUAGGGAAACAGCACGCGCUUCUUGUGUCAGCACUAAGUGGCAACGUGGUUCGCGUACUUCAAGGCCAGUGCCAGUCAGAAUCGGUGAACCACCUGAGCUAUGGGACCUUCGUACAGCACCUGGACAACCACUUCGAUCCCCAAGUCAAUGAGAUAGCAGCGAGCUAUGCUUUUCUCAUGCGGAACCAAGCAGAAGGCGAAAAGGUACGGGACUACAUAACCGACCUGAGACGUCUUGCAAUAGAUUGCAGUUUCGAUAAGUUUUUGGAUCGCAUGCUGCGGGAUCGGAUUGUCUGCGGAAUCCGUGAUGAACAAGCUCGGCGACACAUGUUGUCUCAGAAGAAGUUGACCUUGGCGGAGGCAGAAGCUUUUGCUCUAGCAGCGGAAACCGCAGACACAAAUGUCCGGGCAAUGCAAGAGAGGAGCUUCAACGACAACGGUGCAGCGAACUUCAUAGAGAAGCACAGGAUAAAUCCGCAGAAAUCUAGACGUGGGCAUGGAUCCAUGGCCGAGACUACUCAAUGCCGGAGAUGUGGCUCGAUCCAUGUUUCGGAGGUGUGGAGACACAAGAAAGUGACGUGCUACAAGUGCGGCAGGAAGGGACACCUGGCAAGGAUGUGCUCCAGUGGUCGCGCUAACCCCUCAGGAACGUACGCUGUGAACGAGCUACACGGCAGUGGCGAAAGUGGAGAAGAAAUGCUCUACGCUUUGGUGGCUCACAGCUACAGUGGUAAUGAGACCGCACGGCCAUUCGAAAGGGAUUUCAUCUGGGAAGGCCGGAAAGUGCGCAUGUUGGUGGAUACAGGAUCCACUAUCAGCGUAUUUCCAAGGGCGGUAUUCGAAAACCAUCGAGAAUGGUGGCCGGCACUGGAGAAGACUUUACUGCGACUGACAUGCUUCCUGGGGCCUCUGCCGGUAGUGGCCAUGAAAGUAGAAUGCGAUAAUACGCAAGUAGACAGCUCGCUGGUGGUAGUGGAUUGCGACGGGCCUCUGUUGUGCCGCCGGAACACCAUCCAAGCGUUCCGGAAUGCUGGCAUGGCGCUACUGGAAGAAUGCGCGCCGCAGAGCGUAAAUGUGGUUCGCUGUGACGCAGCGACAGCGAAACUUUUGGCUAAAUUUCCAGAAAUUUUCGAGAAGUUGCGGUGUUGCAAGGGGCCGCCCGUGAAAUUACACAAAAAGGAGGCCGCUGUACCACGCUUUCUCAAGGCUUGA